AUGGGUUCUGACUCUAGUUCUAAUUCUGAGGGAUGUGAUUCUGAAGGAUAUGAUUAUGAAGAAUUACAUUUACUCAAAACUCAAAAAAAGAGAGACAUAACUGAGAAUCUAAAUGAUUACAAGGAGAUAUAUAAAGCCAUGGCCUUUAAGGACAUACCAGAAGCUAGGAAGUUUAUGAAGUUGUAUGUUCUAGCCAAUAAGAAAGUCUUAAAAUUGAGGAAGAGUGACAAAAGGAGGGUUAGAUAUAGAUGCAUUGUGGGAUGUCACUUUCUUUGUUUAAUAUCCAAAGAUGGUAAUGCAGGGGUUACUGUAAAGACAUUAGAGUCAGAACAUAAUUGUGGCACUACAUAUGAUAAUAGUACUGUUGAUUUCAAUACCAUUGCACAUUACUUUAAGGGAAAGCUACAGGAUAAUCCUAAGUAUAAGGUAAGGGAGAUGGUACUUGAUUUGAAAAGAAUUUUUGAGUUCAAUGUGAGUCAUGGGAAGUGCAACAUAGCAAAAAAAAUGAUAUUGGAGACCUUAGAUAGAAGUUUUGCAGAUAAAUACAACAAACUUAAUGUUUAUGUCAUUGAAUUGAAUGGGAAGUGCAACAAACUUAAUGUUUAUCCAGGUAGUGAUGUAGUGAUUAACAUUUCAAAAAAUGCACUUGAAAAUGGGAAAACAAAAUUCUUGAGGAUGUAUGUUUGCUUCAAAGUUAUGAAGAUGGAGUUCAAGUUAGGGUUAAGACCAUUUAUUGGUGUAGAUGGCACAUUUCUAAAAGGGAAAGUCAAAGGUCAAUUGCUAGUUGUUGUUGGACAGGAUGUACAAAAUCAUGUUUAUCCUUUGGCAGGGGCAGUUGUUGAUAAGGAAACAAAACAUUCUUGGAACUGGUUCCUACAAUUACUUCAGGGAUCUCUAGACCUUAAGGGACGAGAAAGAAUCACCUUCAUGUCGGACAUGCAAAAGUAUCUACUUCUGAUUUUUUUUCUUUUUGUUGUCAACUUGAUUCUAUCCAGUUUCUACUUCUGA